AUGGAAUAUUUGGUCGACUAUCCUGUGAGACGAAACGUGGGAUUCAUUUUCUCGAAACACCACCAUUUGAUGGGAACUCGCCGCGUUUCUUCUCCAAAUGGCGAUUUUACCUUGUUUUUCACCAUUCAAAGCCCAUUUUCCAAUUUCCAUCCAUGUCGAUUUCAAGAAACAGCUAUGGAUGGUUCGAGAAGAAAGUUCUCCUGCGUUGAACAGUACUACAUGUACAGCAAGGCUCUGUCUGCUGGUGACAAGACCGCCGCAGAACGCAUUAUGUCGGAACGAGAUCCGAAGAAAAUGAAACGUAUUGGUAUGGAGGUCGUCGGCUUUAAUCGCGAAUUCGAAGUUUACGCAGGACGCUCGGCUUCGACACAUGCUUUUUUUGACUCAUGGAUCACGUCUUGUCGAGUGUUCACCUUCCGACGUCAUUUGGGGAAUCGAAUCAUCUGUGCGCGUAUGGUAAGCUCAGGUCUUCCGAUCAACAGCCCGGACGCUGUGAAUCCGUCUAGAUGGCGUGGGAAGAAUCGCCUCGGCAGCCUAAUGGACGCCGUGCGUGAAAAGUUAUGGACAAAUGAUGAAUACAGGUCGCAACGUGAAGAAGUCGAGGCGCAGAUGAAUUUGUUCCCCGGUUAUGCAGAUCUGUAUUUUUCUUCGAAUAUAACCAGAAGUCGUCAUAGCACUGACGGUGCUGUUGAAGCGAAAAGCGACGAAAUUCAUGAGAACGUGCGGCGACGAGGUUCUGGCGAUUCUCUUCGCGCCAAACGACGUGCGCAAGCUGAAGAAGAAUUAAUUGAAGCCGUGUGUGUGGAGAAGCGACGCCGUAGUGAACAUGAAAGUUCUGACACAAAGAAAAUAGAAACCCUAAGUGCGGUAGCUACUAGUCAAGUACACUCAACAGAGUGUAGAAAUGGUUCCUCAUCAAUUCAACCACUACAAAACGUGGCACGACCUAUUUCAACUGAAGGAAAUAACAAUAAUGCUUGCAAAUCAGCGGGACAAAAAAUAAACAAGUCGCAAGCGCUGCUAGACGUUGUGGACCAUUCUAUUCAAGAAAUACUGCUCCCUGGAGAGGGUGCUGCAGCAGUGACAGUGUCCGAAGCAGUCGUGACUACUGACGAUACAAAUACUAACAUACAAGUGGAGGCUGCGGAAAGGCUAAGGAAGAUUCCUGCUACUGAAGACACUGAAGAAGUCAUACGACCAGAGGACUUAGAGUUCAAGAAUGGAAGGGGUGGAUCAGGACGAAAGCGAACUGCGGAGAAAAGGGAGGCAACAGAUGUUCCUAAGGAGAAACGUAGAAAGCGAGGAGACAGUGGCACGUUAAGUCGUUCACGCUCAACGCACAAAAAAACACGAUCGCGGUCGUCACCCAAAAGGUCUCAAAAAGAUAAUGGAGAACGUGUGAGAGGCAGAAAAAGUGGUCAUAAGGAACGCACUCGUAAAGAUGAGAAGAACGAUGAAGAGAAAAAAUCUCAUAGGCGGAGAAGGAGCAGUGAAGAAAAAUCAAGAACAAGAAGCAGGAGCCGAUCAGGAAGGAAGGAUUCCAUCAGAAACGACACCAAACGUAAACAUGGGUCCUCAUCUGAACAUACGAGAGAUGUAAGGAAUGAGGAGAAGAAUAAGACAGUUGAAGAGAAGAAGGACUCAAAACCAGGAAAUUCUGUUCCAACAUCACUUACCACAGCCGUAAGACCUGCAGAAGAGGAGAUGUUUGGUCCACCAACGGUUGCCUUUUCAAAAGCAGAAAAAAUGAACAACCUUCUCAAUCGAAUGAAAAAGAAGCAGUCACUACAAUCGGGACAAAUCAAAUGA